UGGGUCCACAGCAUCAGAAAGGCGAAGCUUUGAAGGAAUAUGGCACUGACUUGACCCACCUCGCGAAGGAGGGCAAAUUGGAUCCUGUAAUUGGCCGAGAUGAAGGAAUCCGAAGGACCAUUCAAAGCUUAUCACGUCGGACGAAGUCCAACCCGGUGGUCAUCGGUCCUCCUGGAGUUGGUAAAACCGCCAUUUUGGAAGGGUUGGCUAGCAGGAUUGUCGCGAAGGAGGUCCCGGAGGCGAUGUUCAACAAGCGAGUUCUGUCUAUAGACCUUUCCGCCAUCAUGGCAGGGUCUGGUAUUCGGGGGCAGUUCGAGGAAAAGUUUAAGGCCCUCCUGCGUGAUAUUGACGAAGAGGAAGGCAAAGUUAUCUGUUUCAUCGACGAAGUCCGUACGCUCUUCAACCUCGGGAAGGCUGAAGGCAGCAUAGAUGCUGGCCAGAUGAUCAAACCUGCACUCGCAAGAGGUCUCCAGUUAGUCGGAGCAACAACUCGUGAUGAAUAUCGCAAGACCAUCGGCAAGGACGCUGCAUUGGAACGUCGCUUCCAGCCUGUCACCAUCGACGAGCCAACCGUCGCCUCUACAAUAUCGAUCUUGCGAGGGCUGAAGCCGAGGUAUGAGGUGCAUCAUGGUGUUGAGAUUUCAGAUGGUGCUUUGGUCACUGGCGCCGUAUACUCUGCGCGAUAUAUCUCUGACAGGUUCCUUCCUGACAAAGCAAUUGACCUGGUCGACGAAGCUGCAUCUUCUCUGCGCCUUGCUCAAGAAUCGAAACCAGACGAGCUCGAAGCUCUGGACCGCGAAAUCAUGACUCUCCAAAUCGAACUGGAGAGUUUGAAGAAAGAAACAGAUGUUUUCAGCGUGGAAAGGAGGAACAAAGUAGAAGGGGACCUGCUCAUCAAAAGACAGGAGGCGUCUGCUUUAACGGCCGCCUGGCAAUCUGGGCGUGCCCGCCUUGACAAGAUCAAGCAGACCAAGAAGAAGCUUGAGGAAGCGAAGCACCAGCUCGAGGUUGCCCAACGACAAGGCCACUACGAGCUAGCGUCGCGUCUGCGGUUUGCGACCAUCCCAGAAUUGGAAAGGCAACUCCCGACCGAGAAAGAGGAAGAGGCCCGUGAAGAAUCCUCCCUCGCAAUGCUUCACGAUCGUGUUACCUCGAACGAUAUUGCUCGGGUAGUGGCGAAAGCGACCGGUGUUCCGGUACAGAACCUCUUGAAGGGAGAGCGGGAUAAGCUUGUCCAUGUGGAAGACGCCCUCAAGAAGCGGGUCGUUGGACAGGACCACGUCGUCUCAGCCAUCAGCGACGCAGUCCGCAUCUCGCGUGCCGGCCUCCAAGCACCCAACCGUCCUGUCGCGUCGUUCUUGUUCUUGGGACCUACUGGUGUCGGCAAGACGGAGCUUUGCAAGGGGUUGGCGUCAUUCUUGUUCGACGACGAGCAGCGAGGAUUGAUCACGAUUAACAUGUCUGAAGACCAUGACAGACAUACGAUAUCGCGUUUGAUCGGAGCAGCUCCCGGCUACGUUGGUUUCGAGGAGGGUGGCCAGUUGACUGAAGCCGUCAGAAGGAAGCCUUAUGCUGUCAUUUUGCUAGACGAGCUCGAGAAGGCGCAUAAGGACGUGGCCAUGAUCCUGCUCCAAAUCCUCGACGAAGGAACCAUUACAGAUAGCCAGGGUCGGAAGGUCGAUUUCAAGGACACUAUCAUCUGCUUGACAAGCAAUCUUGGAAGUGACAUCCUCGCCCAUUCAUCUGCCAGCAACCACAAAACAGGCGAAAUUGCGGCCCAAGCUCGCUCUGAGGUGCUCGAACGCACAGCGGAGUACUUCCCUCCGGAAUUGCUCAACCGCUUGGACUCGAUGCUAGUCUUCAACAAGCUUUCUAAGGCCUCCAUUCUCAAGAUCGUCGAGCUGCGCCUCAACGAUGUAGCGGAGAGGCUGAAGGCUCGCAGGAUUACAUUGGAUGUUGAGGAGAGUGCUCGCGAAUGGCUUGCCAAGCACGGAUACUCGGACGUUUACGGCGCCCGUGCAAUUGCCCGUAUCGUUCGAACCGACGUCCUCUUCCCACUGGCGCAGAAGCUGUUGAGAGGAACCAUUCGCGAUGGGGACGACGUCAAGAUUCGGCUAGCUGACCACAAGAUUGACAUUGUGGACAACCAUCCUCCUGAUCCUACGGUCAACAGACCAGAUUCUGAAGUUAAUCCAGAGGAGAACCCUCCACUGGAAGAUGAGGAGGCCAGACACUAGA